AUGUCCGACCUUGAUGAGGCCAUCGAGCUCAAUCGAGCUGCAUUACUCCUCUAUCCCCCCGGUCAUUGGUUACAAUGCUACCCUCUGCACAAUCUUGCACUCUGCCUUGGAGACAGAUUCCUGCAGUGGGGCAUCAUGUCCGACCUUUAUGAGGCCAUCGAGCUUAAUCGUGCUGCAUUACUCCUCCGUCCCCCCGGUCAUAAAGAUCGAUCCAUGUCUCUGAACAAUCUUGCAGUCUACCUUCAAAACAGAUUUGAGCAGCGGGGCAUCAUGUCUGACCUUGAUGAGGCCAUCGAGCUCAAUCGGGCUGCAUUACUCCUCCGUCCUCCCAGUCAUUCAAAAAACAUGAUGUCUGACCUUGAUGAGGCCAUCGAGCUCUUUCGGGCUGCAUUACUCCUCCGUCCUUCCGGUCAUUCAGAUCGAUCCAUGUCUCUGAACAAUCUUGCUGGCAGCCUUCAAGACAGAUUUGAGCAGCAGGGCAUCAUGUCUGACCUUGAUGAGGCCAUCGAGCUCAAUCGGGCUGCAUUACUCCUCUGUCCCCCCAGUCAUUCAGUACGAUCCAUGUCUCUGAACAAUCUUGCAAACAGCCUUCGAGCCAGAUUCCUGCAGCGGGGCAUCAUGUCCGACCUUGAUGAGGCCAUCGAGCUCAAUCGUGCUGCAUUACUCCUCCGUCCCCCCGCCUACCUUCAAAACAGAUUUGAGCAGCGGGGCAUCAUGUCCGACCUUGAUGAGGCCAUCGAGCUCAAUCGGGCUGCAUUACUCCUCUGUCCCCCCGGUCAUUCAAUACGAUCCUCCGCUCUGAACAAUCUUGCUGGCAGCCUUCAAAACAGAUUCCGGAAGUGGGGCAUCAUGUCCGACCUUGAUGAGGCCAUCGAGCUUUAUCGUGCUGCAUUACUCCUCCAUCCCCCCGGUCAUUCAGAUCGAUCCUUGUCUCUGAACAAUCUUGCUGCCAGCCUUCGAGACAGAUUUGAGCAGCGGGGCAUCAUGUCUGACCUUGAUGAGUCCAUCGAGCUCCAUUGGGCUGCAUUACUCCUCUGUCCCCCCGAUCAUUCAGAAUGA